AUGAGACAAAAUGACAAAAUCAUGUGCGUAUUAGAAGACCAGGAAAGGAGAGAUAAGAAAAAUCUCUGUAGAGUUAUCAAUGACUUCCAACAGAGCCUUCAGAAGUCAGAAACUCGCCGUGAAUUUGAUCUAGUCCUUAAGAAAGAUCUUCCAGCCCGGCAGUCAGAUAAUGAUAUUCAGAAUACAAUAUCGGGAAUGCAGAAAUUCAUGGGGGAGGAUUUAAACUUCCAUGAGAGGGUGCUCUGCACAUGUGGGAAGGCGCUCUUGGCGGGCACACUGGGUCUGAUUGAGUCUUGCCUCCUUUCAGAGGACUUCCACACAGAGACAAGGCUGCAGUUUGAUGAAACAGCCAGGCACCUACAGAAGCUGGAAAGCGCCACCAGAAAGCCAGUUUGUGCAGCUGUGAAAGAGUUCAACAAGAACCAAGCCAUGGAGGCAGCAGAAAAGAAAAAACGAGAGAGAAAACAAGAACAAGAGGACAACCUGGCCGAGAUCUCCAACCUGCUGCAUGGAGACCUGCUCUCUGAGAACCCACAGCAGGCAGCCAGCUCUUUCGGGCCCCACCGCGUGGUCCCCAACCGCUGGAAAGGCAUGACCCAGGAGCAGCUGGAGCAGAUCCGCCUUGUUCAGAAGCAGCAAGUCCAGGAAAAGUUGAGGCUCCAGGAAGAAGAGCGUCAGCGAGACAUGGACUGUGACCAGCGGAGGGUUCAGAGUGCUCACGCCACCUUGCUGUUUGAGUGGCAGCAGCAGUGCUGGCAGCGUGACCUGAGCAGGGCUCUGGACAGCAGCAACCUCAGCCUGGACAAAGAGCAGCAGCUGCAGAAAAAAUAUAUGAAUGAGGUGUAUGCAAAUCAACCCACAGAAGAGUAUUUCACCCAAAUUAAUACAAGAAGCCAGUAAUAAAAAAAAAAAAAAUCCUUGUUUCCCUCAUUAAUGUAAGAAGUGAGCCGACCUUAAAAAUUUUUUUUAUUAAAAAAUAUGCUCCUUGA